UAUUAAAUGCCAAUUGUAAACUGAAGAUGCUGGAAAUACUCGGGUCAAGCAGCAUCCGUGGAGAACGAAACAUAUUGACAUUUCGUCAGAUUAAAUGCCGAGUAGUCUUUGUUUUGUUUUUGCCUGUCACUGUCUAAUUUGUCUUCAUUUUCUAAUAUCUGGUGGAGAGGUGAGGCAUAUAAGGAUGGAGGAAGGAAUCGACCAUGUUCUUCAUCUGUGGUGUUUGGUAGGGCUCCAGUGGGUACGUAUGUGACUGCUAACUGCUGCCUGGAUAGGGAGGGAACACGCAACAAUUGCUAGCUAAAGAUAUCUCGUGUAAAAUGUGGAUACUAGAUAGGGACAGGAUUGAAAUCGACUUGAGUUCCUUCCAAAAGAUGAUGUCUAAAUGUGCAUGUGGAAAGUGGCUGUUUUGAAGAGAUCCUGAAGGUUCAGUUAACUCCUAGAUUGUCUCUUAAAAGUCUGUGGAGGUAAUUGUAUUGCUCUCUGUGGGAGUCCACAUGAUGGUACCCACUGAUAUUUUAAUACCCCAAUCUCAUUUCCUCAUAUAGGAUCAUACCCAACAGCACUGGCUGCCUCGACAAUGAGUGGGAAACCAGGCAACAGAAGGUCAACGCUGGAGGAUCAGCCUCCAUCGGUCAGUGAUUUAACCCGCUCCACUAGUUGGAUCCAACCCAGGUCAGGAGAGGCGUUCCGAACCGGUCACAGGCGCCAUCCAGACCUGCCUCGCGGAUGGGAACAAGGCUUCACUUUUGAAGGCGCAACGUAUUUCAUCAAUCACAAUGACAGAACUACUACAUUCCAGGACCCAGUGACAGGGGUUGUGCCCAUUGAGAACUGCAUCUUCAAACUGGAAGACAAACCAAUAUCUAACAUGUCAAACCGGGCAGGAGGAAUGCGAAGUGAAGGAGGAGGUGGGCAGCGCCCAACCAGCAUUGCCAGUGAGAUGUCCAAUCACACCUUGGUUUCAGAAGCCUCCCAGGAACCGACAGUCAAGGCUUCCAGGUCAUCAAAGAAGAACGCUGCCUUCGGCAAGAGGUCAAACUCAAUGAAGAGGAAUCCGAAAGCCAAUGUUUUGAAGAGCGGCUGGCUGUUUAAGCAGGCGAGCUCAGGAGUGAAGUCAUGGAACAAGCGUUGGUUUGUGCUGGCCGAUCGCUGCCUCUUCUAUUACCGAGAUGAGAAAGAGGACGCAAUCCUGGCGAGCAUCCCUUUGUUCAGCUUCCGAAUUAGCCCUGUUCAGCCCUCUGACAACAUCACUCGCAAACACGCCUUCAAGCUGAUUGUAAACAGACAACCAGAUGUUUUUCACAAUAAUGACUGCUCCGUUAAUUGUCAGGCUGAGCAUGCAGGCAUCCGGACUUACUACUUGUGUGCGGAGAAUAAGGCAGAGAUGGAGGAUUGGGUCAAUGCAAUGAAUGCUGCAGCGAGCAUACAGAUCGUGCCCUUGAACAGCACUGGGAUGAGUUAUGAAAUAAAACCUCCCUCGGAAUCGAACCACACAAGCAAUCAUAAGCAACUAAUUAAACCUGACUUGGAAAGGGUUAGAGAUGAAGCGGAUGGGUUUGAAAGAUACAACAGGAAGAGCGAACAGAAGGACUCUAGCAACGAGCCGGUGGCCAAGGUUAAUGGUGUGACGGUGCAGGAAGCACCUUUUGACCCCAGCAGCCCUGGUCCAGAGCUGAGAACUCACCCAGGAUAUGAGAGGUCUGAACAACCUAAUGGACACAGCUGGCAGCAUGCCUCCCCUGGUAGGCCUAGUGAAGAGUAUUUGCAACAGGAUGGGGUAAAUACGGUACAUCGACGGGGCUUUGUCCCACGUACUAACACUGAGAAAAUGGCACAGCGUCAGUCCUCACUGACCCACUUACAGCAGUGGGUUAACAUGCGCAGGUCUGCACCACCACAGGACGAACCGAGAAGCUCUCAGGUGUAUCACACUCCAACCAGAGAUGUGCCAGAAUAUUAUAGACUGUUAUCACCCUAUUACCAAGAGGAGUACCCCCAGUUCACUCAACCUGGUGGUCGUCCAGACAGCAUUUGCUCCGUACCAGCCUAUGACAGAAUGACAGCACGGUGGUCGAUCGACGAGCGACAGUCAGCAUUUCUGCCAAGGGACUGGCAGGACCGGCGGGCAUACAGCGGGCAGGGCUCGCCCGUGUGGCACGGUGCGCAGCAGGCGUACGCCCACGAGGUCGAUGGCGUCACUGGCACGAUGCGGAGGUUGUCCCUCCAGCCCCGUUCACGCUCUGUGCCACGCUCGCCAUCCCAGGGUCCGCUCGUGGUGAACCAUGUCUACUCUCCGGUGAGGUCUCCGAGUGCCCGGUUUGAGAGGUUGCCGCCGCGAAGGGAUGAAGCGUUUGGCCACCCAGCGUACACGCUGCGACGGUCUCGCAGUGCGAAGCAAUACGACUAUUCUGGAGACAGGAGACUGUCCGGGCUGUACCCAUGCCACUUCGCUGCCUCUCACUCAAUGCAGGACAGAAUGGUUCCAUAUCAGGACAGAUACCGGGACCCACUGCAGCAUUACAAGGUCGAUGAACUGGAGAUUGACAAAUUGCUGGGACGACUUUGUGAGCAGAGCAAGAAUCAGCGAGAACAGGAAAAGUGGGUCCUGCAGCUUCGAAAGGAGAAGGAAUCGCUGGAAAAUGCCUUGGAGAAAACUCAUCGGGAGAUGGCGGCGUUCCAUAACCAGCCAGGUUACACCGAGCAGUUCGUGCAGAAAAAGGAGUCGUUACAGAAUCAGCUGAUCAACAUCCGCGGGGAACUCUCGCAAGCAACCACGGCCUUUGCAAACACAAAGAUGGAAUGCGACGCCCUCAAAAUGGAGCUGUCCAUCAUUCACAAUGACUUGUGGGAGCAGCUGAACAGCCCCAUUGGAAUGCAGGAUGAGCUGGGACACAAGCACAUUCAGAAGGAGCUGUGGAAAAUCCAAGAUGUGAUGGAGGGACUGCGAAAGACCUAUCCCGAUCGGAUUACAGUGGAACCCAUCAAACAGAAUGUGUCGAGUGCACAAAUGGGCACCUUCAGCUCGAGCAGUCCUGCCAGCCCCCUGAGCUCCAACAGCCUCACCAGUCCCACGAGCCCCUUCUCUCCCAUCUCCGCAUCACAGCUGUCAGCUCAGCAAAUAGUCAGUGAGAAAUUAGGCCUCGAGAGUUCCAGGAAGGAAGGCCGGCCGAUGUUGCAGACCAGCUCCGAGGGUGGCACGGGGCCAAACAAGCAGGACGCAGAGGCCGAGAAACAAAACAAAGUAGGUGUCGUUCCUCCAAGGACCAAAUCACCACCAGAAGAUGUUUCUCCAUCUCCAUCCUACCUUGCAGUUCGGAAUAGUGAUAAAGCAAAUUAUGAAUCUCAGACACGAGAAAAAUCGAAAGGCGGCACGCAUCCCAACGAUGCAAAAUCCAAGAUGAGCGUUGAGGAACAAACUGAGCGCAUGAAGCGUCACCAGAAUGGAUCGCUACGAGGGCAUAACAAGAGGCGGAGUCUAACCUUAACAUCCGGCCACCUGAUGGCUGCAGGUUCGAGCAGCCCAAAGCCCAUUGUUCGGAGAGUCACGGUUCCUCGGCGUAAGACCACAGAGGUGGAUAUCUCUCACCUGGAGGCAGCUGUCAGGGGGGAUCAUGCAGGCAACUUCCAUGAGACCCCCAGGGAAGAGAUUGCUCGUCUAAGGAGGAUGGAUCUGGAGCCUGAACAUUAUUCAGUGGACAUCAACAAGGAGUUGUCCACGCCAGACAAGGUCUUCAUCCCUGAGCGAUACAUCGAGAUCGAACCCGAACUCCCUCUCAGCCCAGAGGAGCUCAAAGAAAAGCAGAAGAAAGUGGAACGAAUCAAAACGCUCAUCGCAAAAUCCAGUUUGCAGAACAUAGUCCCACUAACUGAAGGGCUCACUGACAGCAACAUAGACCCUGAGCUCCAGCUACAGGAACAGGAGAAAAGAAUCGAGAUCUCUUGUGCUCUCGCCACUGAGGCAUCCAGGCGGAGUCGGCUCAUAUCAGUUCCAGCUUUGGACGCACCAGGUUCUUCAACCCCACCAUCAUCUCCCAUCUCAUCACUGCCACCUCAGGUUACUGAUGGAAGCCAUUUAAUGUGUGUCUGAAGAACUCAAGCUGUGGCCACCAUCAAGUACCACAGGUCGACGUAUUGAGGGCCACCUGAGGUACAUCGAUACCAUCGUCAGGGCUGAGUUGAAGACUGAAUGGAAGUCUUAUCAGGAGCCAACUGACACCCAGUGCAGACCAGAACCGAAUGAUUCCUUUAUAUUCAACUCCUCCCAAGAUGCUAUAUUCAUCUAAGAGUUUCUUAUUGUCUUAGUCCUUCAUGUGAUAUGAUUUUUGCGAUUUUUUUUUUGUUUUUGUUUUGUGUUACAGAAUUCAGAGGAACCUAGGCUGCCGCUGUAGAGCUGAGGUUCUGAAUGGAAGGAAGGUCAAUGAAGGAAUUUAAUAUUUUCUGAACUCUUCCAUUAUAAGCUGGGAAAAAAUAUUUAUGAUUUAAAAAAAAAAAGUGGGGUGACUUCUUGAGUAUCGGAAGCCAAAUUUCCUAGGCAGCUCCACUGGACUCCAGCUCCAACUGUAACAAAGAAAGGGAAUGAGAUACACCAAGGCCCAGUAGGGAUUAGACAAAGCCUGAGGCACGAGGUGAGAUGAGGCUGGAGGGAAAUUGAGCUCCAACGAGGAGGGUGGGGUUUGGUUUGUAAGGGAGAGAAGCAACCUAGACCCCAGAAGAUGAGUAACUUUAUUUUUUAAAGGGCAAUUAAUUUUAGCAUUGCCUCCCCAGCCAAGAGAUAUCUAGGAGGGGGUUGGGAAAACCGAUUGACAGGGACUGGAUACCAGAGGUUCCCUUUGCAUGAGUCUUGGAGGGGAAUGGCUACUCCAUGCAAAUAUGAUGCCCAUCUCAAACAGUACUUGGCUGCAUACUCUGCGUAACCAGCUGGUAGCAUCUUUACCCAAAGUUGGGCAGCUUCAGAUCAGCAGACAGGUUGCUCAGAAACUUCGGUCAUCAGUGCAAGUGAUGGGGCCUCCUGAGGGUAGCUCCAUGCACUGGCAUCACGGAGCAGCCUUGAGGCAGAGAAGCACGUAUUCAAAAGAGUGAAGACAUUAAUUAAGAAAAAAUAAAUACCCUCCUAGACUUUCCUUCUCUGUCAGACCUGUCAUUGCUACAGCUGUCACUCAGUAGAUUCUCUCAGUGAAUGAUCUACUCCAGAAUAAUCCAAAUUUGCAAAUAUAACACCUCGUCAGUCUCUGCUUUUCUGCCUAAUUUUUUUUUAGUUGCUUUUGACUAAAUUGAAAAGCAUGUUUGGAGAGGCUGUAAUGACCUUGGGCCUAGUAAAGUGUAAACUAGCUCACCUCCAAGUCUGUCCAAGCACUUAACUGUACCCAUGCUAUCAACAUGGUACCGUAUCUUUGCACGCUGGUGUAUGUUCACAUGACAACGACCCCAGCUACUUGCCUUGCCAUGGGUAAUGCAAAAACUAAAUUAAGAUGAUGACUCAGUUUUACGGAGCUUGUGUCAAGUUCAAUUGCCACUUCUUGACUGACUGUUGAUGAGCUUUUCUAUGACUUGCUAAAUAGGCCAUUGAAAUUAAGUCCAGCCUGAGGGAUAUUUGAAUGUCAAAGGGAAUGUUCCACUGUUUAACUGUUGCAGCGUAUGACUCUGAAUUUUCUCUCUGUACAUAUGUGUUUUAUUUUGUUACCUCUCUGUAUAAAGAUGAAAAGCUUAUGCCAGAAUUUAAAGGCACUGAGCUCCUUUGCCCAGUCCUGUUGCCUAUUGGCAAUCUUAUCAGUCUGAGGUUCCACUGUGUGUAGACAUCAGAUACAAUCCAACCAGCCUAACAUCUCUUUAUGGUGAGACUGAUUUAUCUGGUCUCAGACUGCCACCUAUCAAGGCCGGCAUUGAUCAGUAACGUGACUAUUAUCAAUUUUUGUUUGCGAAUUAGGUUCCUUAAGGCACUUUUCCGUUUAAUUGCUCUCCCACUGCCAACAAUCCAUCCUUCUGAUGGAUGGCGAGUUCUCAAAAUUUAGCUCAGGACCAGAUUGGGCCUCAUUGGUGAUCUUCUCUGUGAUGGUUGCACUCACACUUAGGAGGUUCUGGGGAGGCAACAUGUGGAAGCAAGGGUCAGAGGUAAGGGUCAGAGUUCAGGAGAGGAGCGGCCAAAAUUUGAAUGGAAGAUCAAUAUUGCAGGUCGAGCGGAAGUUUGAAGCAGGAAUCCUGGAUCUUCUAGUCUUGUAGCAGUUCUGAAACGUGAGGAUUACACUGAGGACAUUAGUUGGUGAGGCUGAGGGACAGUUGGAAUGCGCUUAGGGGCAAUUGCAUGUUUUGCAGGAAUCAACGUGAUGCAGUUUAGAUGCCAUGCCAGUUAGCUAGGGUCAUUUAUCAGCCCAAAGUUGAUCUUACUGGCAUGAUGGUCUUCAGAACUGCCAACCCCAUUGAGCAGCUUGAUGCCCAUUAAAUAUGGUCCUGUGAGUGGUUGUUGGAGAGAAAUUUUUAAAAAGGGGUUACUUUGGUUGCGUAAAGGGUUAAUCACUGGUACCCACCGGGGGCACUCUUAGAUUGUGUGCUUUCCCUGAUGUUAACUUUGAGGCAGUAAAGUAAGUCCUCUUGGUGGAGGAGGGUGUUGGACUACCACCCAAAAACGUGCCCAACUGCAGUCCCAUCAAAUGCUGCUCACUGAAUUGGUUGCCAGGAUCCAUGAAGCGGAACCACUGAAUUCAGAAUCCUAAAGUGAAUAAACAGAUGUGAAAGUGUCAGUAAGGAUAACUGACUGCAGUUAUACAUCCAUGCAAAGUCCUUUCAAACGUGAGGCGGUUUAACUUAUAUGUUCUAGUGCCAGUGGCCUAGGCACACGCCAGCUUGUUCUUGCAGCCGCUGCAGUUUAAAUCCAGAGCUACAUCAAGCAUAAGGUGACGCAUUUAUAAACUGGAUAUUUCAAGAAGUGACCAAUCUUCGGUCAACACAGAGAUUUCAUCCGUUGGGAGGUUCCUUUCCAACCAGCCAAUCACGUGGCUUCUUUGCUUCUGAGUCUUCCACUGUGCAAUCGCGAAAGAUUUCCACUGCUGUCCGGGUGUGGGGAUGGCUCAUUCUGUAAAGGGAUAUAAAGAAACUGUAAAAUAAAAAAAAAUAACCAAUCUAAUGCUGAUCUCCAUCCGGAGUGACUCUGAAAGAGUCUGUUAGCACGCUUACAGUGUGGCUGCUCAGAGACUAACUCUGCCUCACCUCUCUGGUUUACUCCUGGGUGAAGUUGGCACAUUUCAGUGAUGUUAAAACAUUCUAUCCAUUGCAUUACAUUUGUUGCAUUAAUUGUGAGGUCAAUUGAAAGAGAGAGUUUUAUUUUUUAAAAGAAAGCUGAAAUUUGGAUCUAUUUAAAUGUAAGUGACUGCAGCACUAAUAACUGUACAUGGUUUCAAUAUGUUAUGAAGCCGCUGUUAACUGUUAUUUGAUGAGGUUUUCUAGUGGGGCUUGUGAUAGACGUGGAGUAUGUGGAGGUUACAGUGUCUCAUCAGACUCUUGGUCAGUGCUGUUGUCAGGAGCAAUCGCUUCCAUGAUGUGCUGAAAUGAAGGAGUAUGGUCAAUGGUCACUGUUUGGAUCAGUCUUGGUUUCAUUCAGAAGUACCAUAUCACGGUGGCCCUGGUUCCUUCGCUGGCACAAACAAUGUUGAGGAUACCGGAGCAAACAAAGUAAAAACCGUUGCGGAGAAGAGCCAAGCAGGGCCGUGAGGGGGACCAGGAAGCUUCCCCACCUCCAACCACAUAAGGGUGUGAGGGA